AUGGAAGAAGUUCAGCCAUGGAAAGCUAGACUUUUAUUGAUUGCUGGUGGAAUAUUUGGAAUUCAUAGGCUUUAUAUUCGACAGUUCCCAGAGGCUUUUGUGUUUUUCUCGACGGCUGGGGUUUUUCUGUUAGGUUUGGAGUUUUUUUGGGGAAGUGGAGGCUUCUGAAGGUUUCUGAAGACUUUUGGGGACUUCUAAAGAAUUCUCGAGAAUUCUGAAGGAUUCUGAAGACACCUGAAGAUUGCUGAAUAUUUCUGAACACUUCUGAAGAAUUUUGAGAACUUCUGAAGGCUUCUGAGUAGUUCUGAGGAUUUUUGAAGGCUUCUGAAGAUUUUUUCAUAAAAAUCCAAACUUUUUCCAGGCUGCCUUUAUGACAGUUUUGUUUUUCGCUUCGACGUCGAAGCAUAUAAUUUGCAAUGUUUGGAAAAUGAAGAAAAAGACUAUCGAAAACCACGACAAAAAACAUUGAUCAAUUAUUCGCUGACCCGAUUUCUAUACUCGGUUUUGUAUGGAACUUGGAUCGGAAUACUCGCGUGGCUUGCUUGUUCGGUGACUUUUGGAUGGAGUGAUAUCAAUCAUGUUCCGUUCAUUUUUGUUUUAGCUGUUGGAGUUUCGGCGGGUUGGUUUUUGGGGUUGAAAAUUUUGAAACAGAAUUUUUUUGUAUAAAUCAGCUUCUGAAAAAUCCCCAUUUUUUUAAAUUCAAAAAUAAAUCAAAUUAAUUUUCAUUUUUUGAAGAAAAUUCGGAAUUCCAGAAUUUAGUUUUUAAAAAAUACCUAGAUUCAGGUUUUAAUUUAGAAAAAUCAGAAAAUUCCCCAAAAUCUCUGGAAAAAUAUAAUCAUCAUUUUUUUUCAAAUUCAAAAAAAUUUCUGCCUUGUUCAUUUUGAAAAAUCUGAAAUUUGAGGUUUAAAAUUAAUUUUCAUUGAAAAUUUUGUAACAGAGUUUUUUAUCGAAAAAAAUCAGAUUUUUAAAAAGUUGAAGUUCCGUUAGACUUUUGAACUGUAAAUUCGAAAUUCUUAUUUUUUGAAGAAAAUACGAAAUUCCAGAAUUUUUGUUUAAAAAACAUACCUGGAUUUUUUUUCAGAUUUUAAUUCAGAAAAUCUGAAAAAUUGAUUUUCAUUGAAAACAACAGAAUUUUGGUCGAAAAAAUCAGAUUCUGAAAAAAAUUCCCAAAAAUGUCUAAUACAAAUAUUUGAGGUUGAAAAUUCUGAAACAAAUAUUUUUUUUUAAUUCUUCAAAAUAAUUCUCCAAUUUUUCUCCAGGCGUCUACAUAAUCGGACAAUGUGGCGGACAAUCUCGAGAACUCAGUUACAUCUGGAUUUCUGCAUUCUCCGCAAUCUUCAUCCUUAUUCGCUUGGCUCAAUGUCAAGUCUUCAAAGCUCUCUUCUUCACAUCAAUCAUCUCAACAGUUAUCGCAAAUCGAAGUGUUAAAAUUAGGAAACGAGCUCUCACCUGGAAACAUUUUCUCUUCUGGGUCUCGCUGUUUUUGAUGUUGGUUUGUGUGAUUGUUCUAGGAUGUUCGAGAAAAAUUAUGGAUAAACAGGUAGGUAAACUGUGGAUUUUGAGUUUCCAAAAAUAUUAGGAGAUUUUUCAGAUAACAGCCACACGACCUGGAAACUUUCGAGAAACAUCUUCGAUCGGAAGCCUUUUGCGUGAUCGAUUUUUUGAUCCGAAAAAAGUGCACGAAUUUUUCAAAACUUCUCCGAUUAUUGAAUACAACAAAUCGAAUAACGAAAAAAUGAGAACAAAAAAUGAAAAAGUCAAAAAGGAAAAUGGAUUAUGGGAUCGAAUUUGGAGCGGUGAAAUGUUUGAUGAUUUUACCGGAGCAGCACAUUUGACCAAAAUUGAUUGGGUGAGUUGUUUUUUGGGUGGCUAAGGGUUUCUGAAACAUUAGAGCGCCUUUGUUGGGUUGGCCGAAUUCUCAACAUUUCUCGGCCAAGCAAAAUAGUUCGGCCACGCUGAAAUUCGGGUUCAAUUUCAAUUUUUUCGAAAUCUAGUAAGAGGAAAAAAAUCCACGUGGCAAUUUUCAAAUGAAAAUUCAAAUUUUAAAAAUUUUCAGUAUUCACAUGUACACAGGGGUUUUUUCACUACCGAGUCAAUGUAAAAUUGUAAUCGAGCAAUUUGGCUCCGCCCAUCUUUUUCCGCACAGAUAUGUGGGCGGAGCUUAGAUUUUCAGAUUUUCAAAAAAGAAAAUUGAAAACCCUUUGGCUCAAAAGACACACAAAUAAAAAGAAAAAGUCGGGCUAUAUGUGUGUUUGCAGCGACCGACAUCUCGCGAGGCCGGCCUCACGCUAUUGUUUUUUUUGUCAGCCACGCAGCGCGCUGUUUGCGGAGGUUUUUUGUCGUCAGAUAAAAUGUUUUGUACGUGAUUAAUUCUCGGUAGUAAUAAAACCCCUGUGCAUGUAUUUUUAGCGGCAAAAGUUUUGAAUUCAAAUUUUGUUUUUUUUUUUCGAAAAUUCAUUUUCAGAUCGAGCUUUUCACCGUUUUCAUCGUCGACAUUCUUCGUGCCGAAACCAAAGUUGUCGAAAAUCCCAAAUCACCAAUCGAACCAUUACAAUGGGCGGCUUGGAGGAAUUAUCUGAUUCAUGUGAGUUUAUUCUUUUUUUCCCUUUAGAAACCCGAAAUUUCAAAUUUUUCCAGAAAUUCUCGCUCAAACCUCUAGUCAACGAUGAGAAAAUCAAAUCUUCGUGUAAAUCCUGGUCGCAACAAAAUCCUACAAUCAAAAAAGAGCGCGAAUCCAAAGAUUUCGCAGCGAAAGCAACUCGAAAAGCGUGUAAAGUGUUCAACGAUCUCUAA